ACAGUGCAAAAAUGUCCUUGAAGUGCCAGAAAGACUCUUACCUUCGCAGCUACCGGAGUCGCGUGGCGUCGUGCAGACCCGCGGAGCCCGUGGGAAAAGGGGAGGGAAAGUACGAAGUCGUUUUGGACGACACUGUGCUCUUUCCCGAGGGCGGCGGGCAGCCGUAUGACAGAGGAGCGGUUAGUAGAAAAAAGGAUCACUCAGGCGUAAAUGCUGCAAAACCUUACCUCCAGAUUAACGGGGUUGAGGUCCUGAGGGUUCUUAGGAGGGGGGCAGUUGCUGUACAUUUCACGGAGGAACCCCUGGAGGAGGGGGCCGAGGUAGAGGUGGAGGUGGACUGGAAUCGUCGGUUUGACCACAUGCAGCAACACUCAGCACAGCAUCUCAUAACUGCAAUAGCCGAUCGAGACUUUGGCCACAAGACAACCUCAUGGUUAUACGGCAUGCAUUACAUCACACCACGCUGUGAUAGUUCUCUUCUUAUUUUUCCCACCCAGGAAUCUGGCCAUUGGAGCUGGCAGUAGGUGCUUCGUUGAGCUGGCUGCCCAGUCCGUCUCUCCAGCCCAGCUCCGUGCCAUCGAGGAUACCUGCAACGAGGCUAUCAGGAGUCAGAUUCCCAUGACUCCACACUGGUACCGGUCUGGGACCCCGGAACUAGAGAGGGUAAGGUCGCGUGGGCUUCCAGAUGAUUUCGAUGGGAGUGAAGUACGAGUUGUGGAAAUUGAAGGGAUAGACACUAACAUGUGCUGUGGAACCCACGUCUCCAACCUCAGUCACCUUCAGUGCAUCAAACUGCUGCACACGGAGUCAAAGAAAGGCUCGACUCUACUCUCCUACAUUGCUGGCGGACGUGUCGGGCACUACCUCGAAAGGGCUUAUUCCAACGAACGUACACUCAACCAGCUACUCAGUGUAUCGAUGGAUGAGCACAGGGAGUCUGUCGAAAAGCUGCUAAAGUCAAACAGAGUUGCAGCAAAAGUGACUCGUGCCCAGCUGCGAGAAAUAGCACAACUUAUGGCUCAACUGCAUCUCUCCUCCCCUUCCCCUCGGCCUUUCUUCAACCUGCACAGGGAAGAUGGGGAUACGGAAUUCAUGAAUGUGCUAGGAAACGAACUAGCUCCAAAGGGUGUCUUUGUAUUUGUGACGGUGGGCGGGGAAAGGGGUGCGGGGCACUUCCUGUUGGCGCGUGGAAACGACGAUGACGUCGCUAAACUCGGACCAAAGUUAAAAAAAUUUCUUACCCCCCCACUCCCUUACAUAAAAUUUUGGACACUAAAAUUUUAGAGUGGCUGAAGUGCUAGGUGGGAAGGGUGGUGGGCGGAAGGGUAGGUUCCAAGGCAAAGCAAGUCAGCUCGAGAACCGCAAACAGGCAGAGGACUUAUUGCGAACUUCAUUAGAUAUCAAAUGAAACAGUGUGACACUAACACAUGCAUACAAAAUUUUUAAUAGUGUUUCUGUGCCGUUUGUUUAUUCGUCAAGCUAUGUCGCUGA